UAUAAUGCACCAAAUAACCCAACUCGAAUAUCAAUCAGCUUGAGUUAGCUCUGUAGAUUUUAUGACCUGCGCAUUCAUCAAUCUGGACUACCUGGACAGUUAGUCUGUGUUGUAACCAAAUGGGUAAUCAGUCACCUCUUGCUUCAUUGACUCCAACCCAUCUGAAAAUAAUAAUUAGCACAUUAAUUUCGUCCAUAAUGUUUUAAACGGAGAAAUGUCCAUUGACCAAAAUCACUCACACAAGGGACAAAGGACAAAGCUCAUAGAAGAAAACUCAACAGCCAUUCUUUCUCUCGCAUUGUCGGGAAAAUUCUAAGAAACACACCUUUGAAACUUCUAUUCUGAUUCUAGCUUAUCAUCUCACCAGCCCAAUUCUAUUCUGAUUCUCCAUGAGCUUUCUACGAAUGACUAUACCGAACCAGCUCAUCAUCAUUCUCAUUCUCCAAUUCUAAUUUUCUCCAUGAGCUUCUGCAGAUGACCAUGCCCACAGCCCACAUCUUCCUAAGACUACCCAUCCUCUUCAUCAUCUUCAACUUGAUCACAACGUUGAUCCCCUCUGCUCUUUGCAAUGACGAUGCUCGAUACACAGAGUGCCGCAAUACCUACGACUGCGGUUUGCUUAAAAACAUAAUCUACCCUUUCUGGGCAGCCAACAGUCGGCCCCAACACUGCGGGCGAGAAGGCUAUCAACUCACCUGCCGAGAUGAUCAAAACACUGUUAUCAGAAUUGAAGACCAAGAUUUCCUUGUCUUGAACAUUAGCAGGGAAGUUCACACCAUCACAAUUGCUCGCGUAGACCUCUGGGACAGUCCUUGCCCUAGCAGGCUCGUCAACACCACUUUGGACUACGAUCGUUUCGCUUACGUUCAAGCUGUUCGGAACCUGACUUUGUUCUAUGGCUGCGUCCCUACCAAUCAGUCAAUCGCAAACAACUUUACUUGCAAAAUAGAGGGUACCCAAAACGAUCUUGCGAUCUAUAUAGACGACUCUAUCUCGAGUCUUACUCCUGGUCAGAAUGAGACCUUCUGCCCCUACAAUAUCAGAGUCCCCAUAAUGUGGACGGGUGUUGAUCGUCCGCCUGAGAAUUACACGGUGGAUGUACUGAAACAAGUUUUGAAGCAAGGCUUCAGGGUUGAGUACUAUGCCGACUGGAAGCUCUGUGGGCCAUGCAUGCUCUCUAAUGGAACCUGCGGAUCCAACAUCACCACUGACUCUUUUCUCUGCUUUUGCGGGGGCCAACCUUAUGAGGAAACCUGUCCAAGUUCUGGAGACAAUUCGUGGAGCUGGAAAAGAGAGGUUGUUGUCGGUGCUGCUGCUGCUGCAGGAAUUGGGAUCUUACUAUGUGUUAUCGUUUGCUGUAUUAAAAGUAGGAAGCAAACUUUCAUGAGGACAAAGAGCCAUCAAGAUCUUGAGGUCUUCAUUCAGAACAAUGGACCUCUAGCAGUAAAAAGAUACAAAUUUUCGGAUAUCAGAAAAAUGACCAACUCAUUUAAAGAUAAACUGGGUCAAGGGGGUUAUGGUGAUGUGUACAAAGGUAAGCUACGGGAUGGUUGUCUUGUGGCUGUGAAGGUUCUUAAUGCAUCCAAAGGGAAUGGAGAAGACUUCAUAAACGAGGUUGCAAGCAUUAGUAGAACUUCCCAUGUCAAUGUUGUCACUCUGUUGGGGUAUUGCUUUGAAGGUCAGAAAAAAGCUCUCAUAUAUGAGUUCAUGCCCAAUGGAUCACUUGAGAAGUUCAUCUACAAAGAAAAUUCUUUGAAAACCACUCCACACUUGGAACUGGAAAAACUAUUUGAAAUUGCUAUUGGGAUAGCUCGAGGGCUCGAGUACUUGCACCGUGGAUGCAACAUACGAAUUUUGCAUUUUGACAAAAAACCACAUAAUAUCCUUUUGGACGACAACUUUUGCCCAAAGAUUUCUGACUUUGGGCUUUCUAAACUUUGCCUGAAGAAGGAGAGUAUUAUGUCGAUGUUGGAUGCAAGAGGGACAAUAGGGUACAUAGCUCCAGAAGUGUUCUGUAGAAACUUUGGAGGAGUCUCUGUUAAGUCCGACGUCUAUAGUUAUGGAAUGAUGAUUCUGGAGGUGGCUGGAGGAAGAAAGAACAGCGAUGUUCAAGUGAGCCACACCACUGAUGCUUUUUUUCCGGAUUGGAUUUAUAAGCAUCUAGAGCAGGGAAGCAGCAAUUUGGGAUUGCCCAAUCCUAUGACCCAAGAGGAAAAUGAACUUGCAAGGAAGAUGAUAUUGGUGGGGUUGUGGUGCAUACAGACAAAGCCAUCAGAUAGGCCAUCCAUGAGUAAAGUGAUUGAAAUGCUAGAAGGAAGCAUUGAAGCCUUGCAAAUACCACCAAAGCCUGUUCUAACUACUCCUAUAAGAACACCAGCAGAAUCAGAAUCUACCACCUUAUCAUCACUUAUUUGUUAAUAUAUUUUCUAGAUUAAUUGGUGUACUGUACGUGUUUUGGGUGAUUCAGUUCCUAGUCAAUUUAAAGUCAUUCUAAUAAGAUUUUCCGCUUCACAUUUUUCUUUUUGGUCAUA